UAUAAAAAUGCAUGACUCUGGGGACAGCCUGGACUCCCUGCAGCUUGUCCUCGUUCCCAACUAGGCCGUAAGCUCCCCGCAGGCAGGAGCUUUCCCUCUCCUUCACCACUGCAGGCCUGGAGCCCAAUGCAGGGCCGGCCGGCCUUUGGAAGCGAUGCUGACGGUGCGUCUGGUCGGUCUGGUCCCGAGGAGAGGCUUUGCAGCAGCAGCACCUGUGGGCCAGUGGAUUUACAAGUUCUGUUAUCUGGUCUCAAUGAAUGGAACCCUCAAAAUAGACAAGCAGCCGAACGAAAUUUCUGCCAAGAAACCUGGCUUGAAAUCUUUCUAAUAGCGCACAUAGAAGAGAGAUUUACCAAGAAAAGUGAUGAAGCCAGAGAGAUUCCCUCCGCCCUGGAUUUGGAGAAAGUCCCUGCAGAGACCCCAGCCCCUCCUCCCUCGCCCGUCGAAGACAACAGCGUCUAAGUGCACUUACAGCACUCUGGCGAAGUUGGGGGUGUCUUUGAAGACUGUCUUGGAACAUCUUUGUUCUUUCUUUCCUGUUUUGCUUCUCUCACGAUCAUGGCUGAGCGGUGUUUAUCCUCACUAACGCACUUAGAGCAAUCUUUGGUUUUUUAAGUCAAGUCUCUGACGCACGUCCACAUCUGAUCUUUAAUUUUGUCAUUCUAUAGAUGCGGUCAAUUGUAUUUGAAUUUUAAAAAAAAGAUGAGGGGCGCCUGGGUGGCACAGCAGUUGGGUGUCGGCCUUUGGCUCAGGGCGUGAUCCGGCGUUAUGAGAUCGAGCCCCACAUCAGGC